UGAUAUAAAGGGAGAGUUAUUUUACAGGGAACAGAUUGGGACAGUACGCCGGCUUUCAGUCAUUCUUGCUUGCGUAUACUUCAGUGCGAACAGUCUGCUUGUGGUGAUAGUACUGAUUGAGUAUAGUAGGCAGUACAGUAGGCAGUACGUUAGUAUGCGCUUCAAAAAAGGUCAGAGACAGAAAAGUAAAGACCUCUGGGAAAAAGCUGGAGGUAGAGAUUUUAUCAUCAGGUCUUUAAUUUCUUGUGGUUUUAGUGCGGUAAAGGUUACACCUAAGCAGUGGUCCUCUACACUUGCUGUGUUUAAAAGCAACGACAAAAAAUUUCUAAAGUGGUUGAGAGUCAUCUGGAAUGAAGACAGACGAGGAGUCCGGACAGCGGUUCUUCAGUCAGAUUUUGGUUUGGGAGGCCAGGAUGCUGCUGCGAAACACAAACAACUGUCUGAGCUCUUGCGCGCUGGAGGACCAGCACAGCAGGGUGGCCCUACUUCCAACAGCACUGCACCUGGGGCUUCCAUGGGGAUGAUGGGGGGUGUCAGUGUCUCCCCUGGUGGACCCCAAGGCAUGCCCUCCCAGGGCCAUCCGCAGCAACCUGGAUUAAUGCAGCAAGUUGGGAUGGUCGGAGGGGUGGCAGCACUCAAUCGGGCAGCUGCCAUGAUUGGCGCCCAGAAGGGCAACACUGGACAGCAGCAGCCAGGCCUGAUGGGGGGGCAGGUGAUGAAUGGCUCGCCGAGAAUGGGUUACCCUAGCAGUGCAGGCAUGGAUAACAAUAGUAAUCUGUUGGCGGAAACCCUACAGCAGCAGCAGCAGCAGCAGGGCGGUCAGCAAGUGGGACCUGGGGGUCAGGCAGGGAUGAGACCACAGCAACCCGGAGCACUGAACAAGUACUCUCAGCAGCCCGGAGCAGUUGGUGGUGUAUCCGUUAGGGGAGCAGCAGCAGUGGGAGGGGCCAAAGUUGGGCUCAGUGCCGUAGGGGCGGGUCCUUGCACAGCGCCCCCUACCACAGACCCUGAGAGACUAAAGCGGAUUCAACUGCAGCUGGUCCUCUUACUCCACGCGCACAAGUGCCAGCGGAGGGAGCAGGUGAAUGGGGAAGUGCAGCAGUGCAACCUGCUCUUCUGCUGCACCAUGAAGAACCUGCUCAACCACGUGACUCAUUGCCAGGCUGGCAAAUCCUGCCAGGUGGCACACUGUGUCUCAUCCAAACAGAUCAUCUCUCAUUGGAAGAAUUGCACACAACACAACUGUUCUGUAUGCCUGCCACUGAAAAAUGCUGGAGACAAGAGGAAUCAGCAGUCUGAGUGCUGUGAAGACAGUCAGCAGCGAAUGAGACAGAAGAGAUCAUGGGAGCCAUCUGAGGCUACAACUGAGCACCAUGAGGACAAUAAUCAGAGAAUGAGGCUGACCAGGUCACUGCCAGAAGCGACAGGAAUGAACCAGUUUGGUCAGAUGGGGAUGCAGUCGAUGGGUCAGAGGUCGACACCUCCUCUUCCUCUUAAUGCUCCAAUGAACCAGACGGGUAUGGGAGCAACAAGGAUGGGUCAGCCCAAUGCCACACAGUUACAGAACCAGUACCUCCCUCCAGGCCAGUUUCCUGGGUCCAGUCCAGGACGUGGUUCUGGUCCUGUUGGCAUGAACCAGCCAGGAGCACAGACUGCUGUGCCACAGCAGAACCAGAUGUCAACGCCACCUUCCCUCCCAGCCAGCAGCCCUGCAGCACAGUCUGCCUCUUCUGCUCCAGGCUCCGGAGCCCCUGGAGGCUCCAUGGGGUCUGGUAGUGCCAGUGGUGCUGGGCCUUUACCCAACCUGCCUCCAUCCUUCACCUCCACCCAGCCCAACUCGUAUCCUCACUGCCCACCC